UCGCGCAACUUACUACACCUCCUCUCCUCCUCCUCCUCCCUCCUCUCCCUCCUCUCCCUCCUCUUCUCCGACAUCCUCCAUGACAUAUUCUCACACUGCCAAACAUUAUAUACGCCGCUACUGGCCGAACAUGCACCCCUCAUGAACCUUGCUCCAUGUGAGACUUGUCGGCGAUCAUAAGACCCUCCCCUCCCCCAACGCCCAGCCCGACAGCGUCAUCGCCCCGGCGGCCUUUUCAACCCCGGAUUUCGAUCUCCUCUUUCCUGCUCACGCAUCGGACUGAGUCUUGAAUACGUUGCACAGCACAGCACGAGGACCUUAAUUUCUGCUCGGGGAUCCCAGAGAGUUAGUCUUGACGAUAUUGUAUAGUCCACCGAACACAACCACCUCUCCCCGCGCCCGCCCGCCUACCCAUUCUCGCAGCCGAACCCGCGCCCCCAUAGAAGAUGGAGCCCCGCAAAACGCCCCCAGAAUACUUUCUCGAGAUCUUCGCCGACACCACCACAGUCAGAGAUGUAUUGAAAGGCAUCCUUAACCUAAUCUUCUUCCAUCGAUACUUCCCCUCAAUCCGGCCCACUACUUUCGACGUUCUAGACUUCACUCUCCCCGCCAUCAAUGACGUCGAUCUCGAAACCCUCAUUGAUUCACGCAUCAGCUCGCUCGUCCGCCAACACUCGACCACGAGCAUCGGCGGCGUCCACGACGGUGGUCCCAGCGUACGCGGCCGCAUGGCCGUGGAAUUCUACGAGAAGCGCCGCCGACGCUCCGGGAUCUGGUUCGGCGGUCUGGCAGGCAAAGGCGAGGAGGAGGUAUGCUGGGAGGUGUGGAAUUUGGAUGUGACGAUAGCCACGCCGCGGACUGAAUCUGAACGAGCCAAAGUCCGCAAAGCAAUGGAGAACAUGCUUCAGAAGGCCGCGCUGAAGAUCCUCGCCGUCGUCAACCGCGACAAGGAUCAUAUCCCGCCCAUCACCACCAGCGACUCCAACCCAUUCCCUUAUCGCAUCGUCCUCAACCCGCGCCCGGAUGGGUGGCAGAAUCGGCUUGGGCUGUAUUGAUGUUGAAGCCUCAAAAGAAAAGGAGAAAGAAAAAAAAGAUAUUCCGGUUAUCUUCUUCUUCUGUUAGAGUUCUGGAACACCCCCUCUCUGCAUUUGCAUCAGCUGGGCUACGGAUACCCAGAGUUGUUUUGCAUAAUAUCUCAUGUAUUUAUCUCCCGGGUUGGGCUGGGCGUGUACGGAGUUUGAGCAUCGACUCAUGCCUCUGUUUGUUGGUACCGUGUUUGUAUUUAUCUGUACGUGCGCGUGCGUGCACCUUGUCUCCUGAACUAUAGCAGUUUAGGAAGGUUUCCAAGAUUCUUUGAUCCUCGUUGAUUGUAUUAUACUACUUUCUCUGUCUGUUCUUCUUCCUAACGUUUAAUUUCCUCACCCUGUACGUCCGGGACCAAUGUGACUUAUACUUG